AUGGCGUAUAAUUUCAUAACCUCAGCCAACACGGCACGAAAACCCUCUGUUUCUCACCCGAAUGCACGAGGAAAUCGCGGGCCGGUACUGAGUCUGGUGCUUGCGGGGUUGGCUUUGGUGUUGUUCUUGCAGUGGAGUGUGUAUGGGACGGCGAGGGAUCAUGUUGAGAGGGUUGGGGGAAUGGGUGGGAGUUCGGGGGUUGUGAGCACGGUUGGCGUGGUGAAUGGGGUGGAGGGGAUUGGGAGUGAGAUUGAUGAACAGGAGAUGGCGUUGCUGGGGGGGAUUGUUCAUGUUGUUAUGUUUGAGUUUGUGGUUGGGGUUGAGGAGGAACUUGUUAGACAUACAUGUGAUCGAUUCAUUGGGCUCAAAGACAAGGCUCUUACCAGAUGGAAGAGGGAACCUUAUAUCAAACGUAUCGUUGGGGGGCGAGACAACAGUAUCGAAGAUCUUCAGAGAGGAAUCACUCACAUUUUCAUCGUCGAGUUCGAGAAUGAAGCCGACAGAAAGUAUUAUGUUGAGAGUGACCCGGCGCAUAAGGCGUUUAAGAAAGACCUCAAGGAUAUCGUCAAGACAUCGCAGGUUAUUGACUUCGUUCCUGGCUUUUUUGGCCUUUUGAAAGCCAACGAGAAAGGAGGGACACCUGAGUCUUCCUAA